AUUGUCUCACACAGUGAAAUACCUGGGUCUACUUGCUAUGUCAAAAAUUCUGAAGACUCAUCCAAAGUCAGUUCAGGCACACAAAGAUCUGGUCCUUCAGUGCCUUGAUGACAAAGAUGAAUCCAUACGGCUCAGGGCUCUUGAUCUUCUUUAUGGCAUGGUGACUAAGAAGACUGUUAUGGAAAUUGUUCGGCGUCUCAUGACUCAUAUGGACAGAGCAGAGGGCACUAUGUAUCGUGAUGAACUUCUUCAAAAGAUUAUACUAAUAUGUUCGCAAAACAACUUCCAGUAUAUUACUAACUUUGAGUGGUAUGUAAGUGUUUUGGUGGAGCUGUGCCGGAUGGAAGGGACACAACACGGUGGUUUAAUUGCCAGUCAGUUGAUGGAUGUUGCUAUUCGAGUUGUUGCUGUUAGAGAAUUUACUGUUGGUCAGAUGGCAUUGUUAUUAGACAACGCUCAUGUAAUUGUUGGUCCUGCUGCAGCAAGGUCAUCUAUAGCAGAGGUGUUAUAUGCAGCUGCCUGGAUCUGUGGAGAGUUUUCUCAGUGAGUGAAAAGUAAUUGCUAAGAGUUAA